CCCAGCACACAGCACAAGAGGAGGCACAGACAGACGGAGCAAACCAGCUUCGAAACCAAACAAGAUUUUUCUUUUUUUUUUAAAGUUUUGUGACAGGCGAAAGUGAAAGAGGAUGUCAGUGCGCACGGUCCUGCAGAAACACAAUGGAGCGGUGGUUGGAGCGGAGUUGGCCUGUAGCGUCCGGGAGGAGAAUACGGUGUCAAAGGAGAGCUACAGCGCGGACUGGCAGAAUAUCUGGAUCAAAACACAGCCAGAGGACAGACAAACCAUGAAUAUGAACGACACAUCCCGCAGAGAAACAUUGUCCCGACAGUGGCAGGCCCGCACCCUCCUCCAGGCCUGUCCCUCCGGAGUGGUCCGAGUGGGAACCAUGGAAACCGGGGUCAGGGAGCACCAACUCCUGCCCAAGAGAAACACCUUGCCGCUGCCCAUCUUCAUCCCGACCGAGUUCGGGAUCCGGCUCGGCCGCGGGGCCCCCCACACCGAAGAGGACUUCCAGCCUUUCCUCGCCCCCAACGGAGUCUGCCCCACCAAGAGAUCUGUGGACGAGAUCACGAAAGACCUACCUCCAGUCAAACCGGGGCUCAUGGAGUUCGUCAAGGUGCCGAACAUUCUGGGAAGAUCUAUGUCGCAGGAGGCCCAAAGAGGUUAAGAAAAGAAGCUAGAAAGUAGACUAUGGACUGGGUUUGAGCGCUGAGAAAUAAGCAUGAGAAGAUGUACAGAGAUUGUGAUGGUAUGUUGAUGUAAAUAGUCCUACUGGUUGGAAUUUGUGGGCUCAAAAUCGUCUUGAGGAAGGAUAGAGUUUUGGCUAAGCUGUUAAGUUAAAGGUGCACUACGUAACUUUGUAACUGGACGGUCUGAUUCUGGCUUGUCUCAUUUUUAUUGAGAGUGAGGCUGCCUCUCCAGAGAUCUGACCUGUCACUUGGUCUGAUGGUGUCUCCAUAAGCUGAUAGAUAGCAAUGUCAUACUGUAGGAACAUUUCUGGCAAAGUAACAACAUCUCCAUGGCGAUAGCGAGAAAAGUUCCAUUGUGCACCUUCAAUAUCUUUCUUUAAACGUUUAUAUCACUGUUAUGUAACUUGCCACAUGCCAAAAAGCCACAAGUGUUUCGCAUAUCUUAAUAGAACACAUUGUCCAGUAACUGUGUGGUUCGAUGCCAGCUUAGCUCAUUGUAAAGUUAUACCCUUUGGCAAGACACUAAUCCACUUUGCAAUCUCUUAACUACAAAUAGAUGUGUUUAAACGAAUAAGAAUGUAUCGGGAAUAUAACUUAAACCUAUUAUUGAUUUGUACAGUGAAGGAUUGUGAAUGUCUGGCUUGGAAAACUAUGACACGAGGGUUUAAAUGGACGCGCGUGAUUCUGUAUUGGAAAAACAGAGUGGAAACAGAUAGAGAGAAGGAGGAGAGGGGAGGGGGAGGGAGGAGUGAUGACAGCUAGGGAUGGCGACAAUAUUUUAGACCCCUCCCUCUUCUUGUCCCAGUCUGAUCUCUGAGAGGACACGGCGCUCCGAGUGGUCAGCUGAUGUAUGUGAAGUAUGUGACAGAUAAACCCCAAAGAAUGUAAAGAGAUGUACUACAUGUUUUUAUCUUUGCACAUUUGUUUUGGAAUAGACUGUACAUGUUUUAUCUUGUGAUGAUUUUAUGUUAUAUUUUGAUAGUUUAAUAUUUAUUUAUUUCAAUUAAAUAAUUACAAAAUCACA